CUUGUUCCUUGUGUCCUCAAUUUAUUACAUUCCAAAUCCCAUUUCAACAUGUGGUCCAUACUGAUCAUUAUGAUGAGUGCUGAUAAGAAUCUUAAUUCUCUGUGGCAUACUGUUGAAAUCACAUCCCUGAGGAUCUAGGAGGACAUAUACAUUUGUACAUGACCUGGGCGGCAGUUGCUAAUAGGAGACGACAGGCCGAAUUAUUCACCUCAAUGGCCUUCAAGUUGAAGCAAGAGCAGCCAGGCAAUGAUUUCAGGCAACCAGGAUGCAAGGAGGUUGAUGGAACAAAAAGCUGUGUGACAGUCAUCAGAGCUCGCCUGUGAAUGCCUCCACCAGUUGUCUUGAUAGUGCCUCACGUUGAUCUUCUGGUAUGGUCGUAUCAUUUUAAGCUGUAUCAAUACCGGAACUCAUCUAAUGCUCUCCGGAGUACAAAUUUGUGCAUGCUACAUGUUGACUGUGCAUAUUUGCAGCAAGCCUACCGUAGUUCCUGUGUGCAUGCCGGUACAUGUACAUUGAGUGACUGAGUACGCUGUUGAGUCCACAGAGACCGAUUUAUUUGAUUUCAUCCUUGAGUGGUUAUCAGGUGUCGGUCUCAAGAUGAAUUGGAAGAGUCUUCUUAUUCUCGUCGCUUCCUUCAUCUUGUACCUGGUCAUCGGUGCCUUGGUCUUCUCGGCUCUUGAAGAGGCGCAGGAGGAGACAACGCGAGUGGACCUGCGUCGGUUUAAAGAGGCUAUCCUGUCCAAUCUCACGUGCCUCACUGAGGAUAGGUUGGAGGAUUUAAUCAAACGAGUCAUGAUUGCAGUGGAGAGCGGCCUCAACCCCCUCCUCAACGUGUCCGGUAACUCCAACUGGGACUUUAGUAGUUCCUUCUUUUUCUCUGGCACCGUGGUGACCACUAUUGGCUACGGUAGACAUGCCCCCUCUACCCAAGGCGGGAGAGAUUUCUGUAUCUUCUACGCUAUCCUUGGCAUACCGUUCAUGGGAUGGCUUCUGUCCAUCGUGGGCCAAUUCUAUCGGGAGUGGUUUUGCCGUUUGACGGACCGUCUCGAUUGCAUGCUGUGCGAUUACUGCUCGGUGACCAAAAGGAAACUGCGUCGGUGUAUUGUGUGGGUGGUGGUAGCGUCCUUUACUUACGGACUCUUGGUGCUCCUUCCAGCAGCCCUAUUUACCGUUUUGGAAAACUGGGAUUAUAGGAUCGCUCAUUAUUACUGCUUCGUCACUCUAACAACUAUCGGAUUCGGGGAUUAUGUCGCAACAGUCGAUCCCAAACACGAAACUCCGGAAGCAUUGGAGAUUCUCUAUGACCUCGCCGUCGUCUUUUGGUACAUUUUCGGUUUGUCCUUCAUCGCGAUUGUGAUAAGUGCAAUCGGGACAAGGGAACGCAAAACGGCCAAGAAAAUUGUGUCGUCACUCAAAAGUCAACGCAAUGGUGGAUCUGGGGAGGCAAACUCUGGUGAACGCCGUGCCUCGUAUACCGUGGAAGGUGCAUUUGAAUUAACUUCACAGGAAGGAAUUGUGGGACCUGUAUCAUAUCGACAAACACAUGCCUCGGAACAGCAAGAAACCAAUUUAUCAACAGAACCUACAUCCAGUGAACAAAACUUGCCACCAUCAGCAACGGAAGAAAAUCAGUUCGUUGUGACAGCGGAUCACUCCUGUAAUAACAACUGCAGCAACGCCUUCCAUGGCCAAUCAGAUGUAGUGCCCGCUGAGGAGAUUCAGGGAAUGGACAGUAACAACGUACAUGUAGCACUUGAAAACCAUAAACUACCUCAAAAUGAUAUCCCAAAGGACACUAAAAUGCCUCUUGGGAAAAAGGUUUCAUUUGAUAGCAGUUGUAAUCCUAACGAUGGAACGAGUAAAAUCCGGCGUAAGGCGACGGGGAAACGGAAGGGGUCAUCUAAGAAAUCCAAAUUGGAGGUGACUGGUGAGGAAGACGAAUUUAGUGAUGAGAAUACAAUAUCUACUGUGACCACGGCAACUGAAGGACCCUGCUGCCAUUGUAAUUGCCAUGCCAACAAUAUCAGUGUCAAGUAGCUAUUCUGUGAUGCGAUGUGAUCCCUCAGUUUGGUAUGGAUUGUAUGGACAAGCUAAGGAUUUAGACAUUUUCAGACAGUGCAUCGAUUCUGGUACAUGUUUGUUGGACUAAUAUCACACAGAGUUGGUACCAGUACUAUAACCUGAUUGAGUACCUGCAUGUUUGCCUUCAAAAUGUGUCGGAGUUCCUGUACUAACACUUGCAUGCAUUGUUCACUAAUGUUCACAUGCUCUGUGGUUUAACGAGAAAUUUUCAAAAUCUGCUCACACAUUUUCCCAAACAAAAUCAAAAGAUUUCAAGUAGGAUCACGCGUUGUGCCUUCAUAGUUUUAUUGUACAACAAAUUGAAGAAUGCAUGCCUUCAAGUUAUUAACUUUACAAAGCCUUACAUGUAGAAGCACCCUGUUUAAUGCAUACAAUGUACUUUAAACAGCAACUAUUUAUUGAGUCAACCACAUGUAGUUACAAAUGUACAUUGUGUAAAAUGUUUUGCUCCAUUCAUAUAAAGAUUUAAUAAACUUUUCCAAGUAUGCCUGCACACUACACAUACACUUUUAUAAGAGUGUCCCACUCUCAAAACUGAUCAUCAGAACCUACAGGUACAUUUAGUGCAUUCGAUUACUUCCCCAGCGCUUACUUGUGCAGGCGCAACAGCGUUCGAUUUACCUCUCACUGACAUCUCGCGCUUACUCGAGCCUGGCCCAAGUAACCGACUCGCCGAGCCGGUUA